AUGAGCCUUUCCGUGAAUUUCAAUAUUCAUUCUAAAGCACUUUUAUCAUCAUAUCAAGCUGUUCUUAAUGGCGACAAAGAUACCGAAUGGGUAGUUUAUGGGUAUGAUAAAGGAGGCAAUGAUUUGAAGGUUUUAGAAAAAGGAGCCGGAGGGCUUGAAGAAUUGGUAGAGGAGUUUAACGAUGGAAGAAUUCAAUACGCCUUUGUUCGAGUGAUAGAUCCCAAUACGGAAUUACCAAAGUUUGUUCUUAUAGGCUGGUGUGGUGAAGGUGUACCAGAAAUCAAAAAAGGACUGUUCAAUUCACAUUUUAAUGAAGUUUCAAAGUUCUUAAAGGGAUAUCACCUUCAAAUUAAUGCUAGAUCAGAGGCCGAUGUUGAUCCAGCAUAUAUAAUGAAACGUAUUAGUGAAAGUGGUGGCUCCAAAUACUCCAUUAACAUUAAUAAGGAACGAGCAAGGAAGGAAGAACCUAUUUUACCUGUUAAUUCCGUAUAUGAACGUGUGAAAAUUCCAGAUUUCUCUGCACAACGACAAUCUUCUCGUGAACAAAUUAAGCCUGUCAGUUCCGUGUAUCAACCGGUUCAACUCCCAAAACCCAAACCUCUAGGUAAAUUUUCAACUUGGACGGAACGUGCUGAGAAUUCAACAUCAUCUGGACCAUCUCCAGCAGAGUUAAAAGCACGUCGAGAACGUGAGCGUGCCGAGAAAGAGGAACGCGAAAGAAUAGAAAGUGAAGAGAAAGAAAGAAAGGAGCGAGAAGAAAAGGCAAGACAAUUGCGUGAAGAGAAAGAGAGAAAAGGGAGAAAAGAGAGUGAUGAGAAAGAGAGGAAAGUGCGUGAGGAGAAAGAGAGAAAAGAGAAUGAAGAGAAAGAGAGGAAACGGUUAGAGAAAGUAGAACGUGAGAGAAUAGACCGCGAAGAAAGAGAACGUUUAGAAGCAGAACGGUUAGAGGCAGAAAUGCAAAAACUAGAAAUUGAAGAGGCUGAACGUAGAGAGCAAGCCGAACAAGAGGAAAUGGACAGAAUUAAACAUGAAAAAAAAUUGCAAAUACAACGGGAAACGGAAGAAAGGUCAAGGAAAGCUAAAGAAGAUCAGGUAAUAAAGGAAAAGGAAAAAGAAGAAUGGGCGAGAAGGGACCUAGAGGAAAGAGAAGAAAGGAAGAGAUUAGAAUAUGAACGCGAACAAGAGUUAUAUCAACAGCAGGAAGCUGAACGGCUUCAACUUGAACAACUUGAACAAGAACAAAAGUUAUCUCAGACUGCCGAAGUUUUUGCCGAAUCGGCUGAUGGUAUAACAGCAGUUGUUCAAUUUGCUUAUGAUGCUACUGAGGAUAAUGAAAUAUCAUUAAGAGAAGGAGAGAUUAUUAGAGAUAUUAUUCAAUUAGAUGAAGGUUGGUGGCAAGGUGUGGGUGAAGAUGGAAGAACUGGACUUUUCCCAGCAAAUUAUGUUGAAAUCGUUGAGAGCGUUGCGUUCGAACAGCCUAUUGAAGAGGCACAAGAAGUUGAAGCUGAACCUGUACAACUAACCGUUGAUUCAUCACGGAGAAGUUAUAUUGCCAAAGCAUUGUUUGAUUAUGAUGCGGGUGAAGAAAAUGAAAUAUCAUUUCAAGAUGGAGCUAUUAUUACAGAUAUUGAAUUUGUUUCGGAUGAUUGGUGGCAGGGCAAAGCACCCGAUGGAAAAGUUGGUCUAUUCCCAGAACUUCAAGAAACUCCUGUUCCAUUAAAUCCUAUUUCUGAACUGGACUUACCUCAAUCUAGUAUGUCCGUAACUAGCGUAGUUUCUCAGGUUUCUACUGAAGUUCAAUCAAACCAACAUACACGGCAGGUUCAAAAUAACAAAGCUCGUUGUUUCAAAUGUCGGGCUAAAAUUCCCCUAGCCAAGCAAACCAUUAACAAAUGCCGAUGCGGUGAUUAUUAUUUUGAUUUUGAGUACGUUUUCUGUGAUAGCCAUAAAGUACCCGAUAAGCACGACUGCGAUUUUGACUUUGCUAAGAUGGGUAAAGACAUUUUGGCGAAGAACAAUCCAAAGUUGAACGACGUUCACAAAGGUGGACGUUCUUUCAACAGAAUUGACUGA